AUGUCAGCUAUAGGUGUUCUUGAGCCACAGUGGCCAGAAGUGUCAGUUGCACUUCACGAGAACCGCCGCGAAUUAGUAAUAUCGGAUCGGGAGGGGAUGGAUCCCCGCAUUUAUCAUUUGAAGCAACUUAAUUUUCUUGACAUAUCUAAGUGCACUUUGUGUGAUCUCUCGGAUGAAUUAAGCAACCUAAGUGAACUUUCCAAACUUUCUCUUCAUCACAACGCCAUAUCCGAACCACCUAUAGCUCUGGGAACCUUGGCCAAUCUGCGUUUCUUGGACCUAUCCUUUAAUCUCAUCACCAGUCUACCAUCUUCAUUCUUUGAUGGUCUUUCACAAUUGGAAACGCUCAUGAUAGACUCGAACCAUCUAACUCAACUCCCCUCUCUGGAAGGACUCACUGAUUUGCAUCACUUAUCAGUGUCAAAUAAUGCGCUUUCCCGUUUACCCGAGAGCAUAAUCUGCUGUACCAAACUUAUGACUGUUGAUUUCUCCAGUAACAAGAUAUCCGAACUCUCUGACGAAAUUGGGUGGGGAAAUUUAGCUAACCUCCACCUCUUCAAUCUUUCCAAUAAUCAACUCACCAGAGUGCCACAGGCGCUGUCCGAGUGCAAAAAACUUAAAGACCUCCAACUUCAGGGCAAUCCACUAAAAGAUCCUCGGCUGAAGAAACUUGUUACUGCCACGCGUCCUGGUCCCGCUCUCAUAAAUUAUCUUGCGAAAUCGAGGAAAGAAGGGCGUAAAACUCAGGGAAAGUCUUCAGCUCUCAGCAACGAUGCUGCAAGCACUCGAGGUGUCGAACUCUUUCCUACGACUUCAUCGGCUUCUCACGAUCUGGUGAUCUCCACCAAUGCAGUUGCAAUGCCAUACGUGGUGUCGGUAGUUCGACCAGAUGAGGUUAAGAAGGGCUUACGACCAUGCAUCUUCGCCUGUAUCGUUUCGGACGUCUGUCUGAUGGAGGAGGGCGUGUUAACAAGCUUCCUGCGCUUCCAGACAAAGCUGCACGAUGUGUUGGGGCAGCAACGUAGGAUAGCUACUAUCUGUACCCAUGAUGCCUGCAGAAUCACUCUACCUCUUCAGUUUGCUCUGCAACCGGUGGACGAGGCUUAUAUCCAGCCACUAAAUAUGAAGAAGCACCUAACUGGACGUCAACUGCUCACUCAUCUUCAAAUUGAAGCGGAGUCUGAGCGAAAGAGGCGCAAACUGACCACUUUUACCGGUCUGAUGCGAUACCUGGAGAUUGUCUCACCUCUGUUGGGCCCUAAACGUGGAACGUUGUGUGCCUCUGUUCACGCUGACAUUCAACCUCUGCCAGUCACAUUCGAUGCUACUGGCACCACAAUUUCCCUCCACCCCAUCACCGGUUGUCAUCAAACACGCCUGACCCGUGAAACGACAAAGAUAUUGCUAGAAGUGGCUGGCCAAAAUGACGUGGUGUGUAAGGACAUAAUUCGGGCCCUUCUUGGCUGGCUGUUGCAGUACGCGCGUCCCAAAGUAGACGAGGAUUCGUCACCGCCUCCGCUCACAAUCGCUCCCCUCAGUAUUGAGAAUGCGGAGACUGGUGAUCGGUAUGCCAUUUAUCCUACAGCCACGGACAUUGCCAAUCCUGACUUCCUCAAUGUUAAGAUUGGGUAA